CAUUUGCUAAAAGGUAUUCAACAUAGAAUAUUAGAAUGAAGUACACUCCGGAGAUCAACUACAAUGCCGACCAUAAAAUAUGGAGUGGUAAGGAUGCUCCUGCAUAUUUCUCAACAGAUCUGUCAAUAGGCGAAAUCACGUUCCACGAAAUGCAACGUCAUCCAAAGUUAACAGCGCAGAUUUCUGAUACCGAAAACACCGUCCUGACUCGUGAGGAACUUUUCUUGAAUUCCAAACGCGUGGCCAGCUACUUGAGGAACUUGAAACUACAGCAGUCGGAUAUAGUUGGGAUUAUCGCUAGAAACACCACACACAUAUUUGCUGUCGCCUAUGGUUGCUUCUUCAACGGAAUGGCCUUUCAUUCCCUCAACAUAAAUUACGAACAGGAAACGAUUGAAAAACUCUUUGACACCACGAAACCCAAGAUUAUCUUUUGCGAUGGCGAUGAAUAUGAGAAAGUGAAAGCUGCAACACACAAGUUGAAUGUGAAGAUUGUGACCAUGCGGAAUCACAAGGAGGGUUCCAUUAGUAUUGAAGAGGUCCUUACCACCCCCGUUGAAGAGUACUUCCAACCGGCACGGCUGGAACAAGGAAAUAAUCAAACUUUGGCCAUACUUUGCUCUUCAGGCACGACAGGAACUCCCAAGGCAGUGACUAUUCCCAAUAGUCCCAUAUUGGCAAAUUUUUGUCCCUUCGUGUCUAUCUCUGAUGUGUUUUAUACACAUAGUACUUUGGAUUGGAUGACAGGUCUUUUGACAACCAUUUUAUCUGGAAUUCGUAGUGCUCUACGCAUAAUAUCGGAUAAAAAUUUUGAGCCUAAGGAUAUAUUGCUACUUGUAAAAAAAUACAAGGUGACUUUAAUGGUUCAAGUUCCUACCCAUAUGGCACAGAUGGCGAAUUGUCCUGAAUUUGAAGGGGAUUGUCUGGACAGCUUGCUUUAUUUUUUUUAUGGAGGUGCUGCCUGUUCCAUCGAAAUUCAACAGAGCAUUCGCCGUCGACUUUCCCCGAAAUGUGGCUUCUAUUCCACAUAUAGUUUAACCGAGAUAGGUGGGUUAGGAUUCUUAAAUUUGUACUUCGAUCAGAAGCCUAAUUCAGUGGGACGCCCAACGGACGGUAGCAAAUUGAAAAUACAAAAUGAGCGGGAAGAAUCUGUAGGUCCCAAUGAGGUUGGUGAGGUGUGUUUGUACACCGGGAGAUAUUGGGCCGGGUACUACGGAAACCCUGAAGAAACUCGCAAAAUGCGCGACAAUAAUUUGUGGUAUCACACAGGAGAUUUGGGCUACGUUGAUGAGGAUGGAUUUCUCUUCAUUGUGAAUCGCAAAAAGGAUAUGCUUAAGUAUGAGAACAUCAUGUAUUAUCCUCAAGACAUAGAAAAGGUAAUCACCCAAAUGCCCGAGAUCUCUGAAGUUUGUGUUUUUGGUAUUUUGAAUCCUCUCCAUGGAGACGAAGCAGCUGCUGCUGUUGUCAAGAAACUGGGAGCCCAAUUAGAGCCUCAGGAUGUCAUUGACUUUGUGGCAAAGCACUUGAAGGCCAAGUACUUGCAAUUGAAUGGAGGAGUUUUUAUAGUGGAUGAUCUGAAGCGUAGUGCGAAUGCCAAAACGAAUCGCCGUGCAACAAAGGAUUACUGCUUAAACAUGGCUAAAAAGAACUAGUCUUAUAAAGAAAUCCGUGCUAAUAUAAAUGUUAUUUAUGUAUUAUAUUUUGAUACAAUAAAAUCCAAUAAAUUUCGUCUACACGGGGUUAAA